CUGGGCAACUUUAAAAUUUAGAGUGAAGACUUAAUCAUAGAUUUUUAAACAAAAAUGUUGACGACACAUCAUCUACCACAUCUGCAUCAUCGUGGCAGUACGGCUGUAGAACUGGAUAAAAUUACAAAUUUAAAUACGCUCAUAGUGGAAAUUAAUAGUCAUGUGGCGUUAUUUCGUGAUCUUUUAAUACAUGUUGGCCAAUCCAAAGACUGUCCGGAAUUACGUGAAAAAAUACGCAAACUGCGGCGUACAUGUGUAGAGGCCUUCAAGCGAACCGAACAGAUUUUAAUGCCACAAGUGAAAAAUGCUACUGCCGAUGGCGUUCUUACUGACAAUCCCCAUCUCGUAUUGUUGUUUUACAUGGCACAAUUGUUUUUACGCGAAUUAGUGAAAAGCUAUCGUCUUAUACAAGUGGUGCCAAUGGACAUGUCAGGAUAUUAUGAAAAUCGAGCUGGCCCCUCAAACUUGGGCAACGUUAUAAGUCAAAUAUUGCUGUGUAAACAAAUAACGCCAGAUUUUAAUCAAGAGGAAUUAUGUAGCAUCACAAAAGACUCCCAGGACAUUGCGAUGCUGCUGUCGGAAAUGCAAGAAUUUAUGCCACAGCAUGAAACAUACCUGGAACGUCACACUGCACUCGACACCAAUGGGCCGUGGGCAAAUAAGGGACGCCAUAAUUAUAUUUGCAAAAACAUGAGUUUACUUUGUUGUGUCUCUCGCCCCAAUUAUCUCUGA